AACGUCUGCAACACAGGCUGCAGGAGUGAAACCGGGUGUGGAAGGGGACAUUGCAGAAACUAGAGAGAGCUGAUCAUGUCUGCUGACCAUCUGGCCAAGAUUCUUGAAGCUGACAUCGACUCGAACGGCGUGUUUAAAUACGUGCUUAUACGCGUCCACAGCAAAACCGACGAGUCUUACGUGGACAUAGUGCGCGGCUACGCGUGGGCUGAGUAUCACGCCGAUAUCUAUGACAAGGUUUCUGGCGAGUUGGAGAGAGAAGGCGGCGUGGACUGCGAGUGUAUAGGAGGAGGCAGGAUCAGACAUGACAGCGCCGACAAAAAGAUCCAUGUCUAUGGCUAUUCCAUGGGCUUUGGCCGAGCCAAUCACGCCACCUCGACGGAAAAGCUGCAGAAGAGAUACCCAGACUAUGAGAUCACAUGGGCGAAUGAAGGCUACUGAUCCAGUGACCAGGGUUUUACCAACAAGAGCCUGUUUAUGCACAAUCUUUAGACGUGAGCUGAAUAAAACAACAGCUUGUUCUCGUCAAAAAUCAGACUCGUCAACGUGUGACGUCUCAGAAGCUGAAAUCAAGGUCAUUAACAGCAGAUGAAUGAAUGUUUACACCUUAUUUAUGCUCUUUAUUUAUGUCUUUCCACCGAAGAGCUGCCCGAUAUUUGACCAAUCAACACAAAGCUAAUGGAAUUCAAUUGAAUUAAAUAAUAGCAGAAUGUUUAACAAAUAAAUAAACCAGAAUCAUGCUGUACAACAAUGAGCUUUAUAAGAAGAAAUCAAUUGUAUGUCUUAUAAAUGAUUACUUUUGUAUUCAUUAUAAACGUGAAAAGAAAAAAAAAAAGGUGAGACAUUGGGAUCAGCACUCUGUCUGUUAAGUAAAGCCUGAAAUGAAAAAAUUCACAAAAUGACUUGGAAAUAUACAUAUGUAUAUAACUGUAUGUGUAUGUAUAAUAUGUACGUGUAAGUCAGGUGCAAGACACUGUCUAAAGUAUAUUAAAGGACUUUAAUAGA